AUGACGGAGAACCAUGAUUUCAAGGCUCCCAGACCUAUGACAAACAAGAAGGGGCAAGACCCCAACUUGUACUGUGAUUUUCAUACAGACUCAGGGCACUUGACCGAUGAUUGCUAUAGUUUGCGCCAAGAGAUUGAGAAAGCGCUAAAGAGCAGUAAGCUAAGCCACUUGGUGAAGAACGUGCGCAAAGAAACUCGUCAGCUCCAACGCCACGACGAAGGAAAUUACAAGAAAGUCCGACGCUUAGAGACCCACAUGGUCAACGGACCGAGAUACAGCGCAAAAGAGAAAGGCAAGCGCCCCUAUGAGCCUUCAUGGCAAGAGCAACAGGUCAUUUUCCCGGUAGUGCGCGGCGGUCCUCGCGCCACACGACCCGUCGUCAUUACCGGAAGUACAACUGACAUCAUUUAUGAACAGUGUUUUAACCAAUUCGAUGAAGAGGACAAAGCGAGACUCGAGCCAGUUGAUUAUCCUUUGUCCGGAUUUUGCAACGAGAUGGUUUUCCCACUUGGUCAGAUCAGUUUCCCCAUCACACUGUCUGACGGGAAGCAUUCAAGAACAAGCGUGAAUUUUAUGGUGAUGCCCAUCAAGUCGAGGCAUGAUGUGUUAAUUGGGAGGGAAACCCAAGGCGAGCUAAACAUGGUUACUUCAACUCCACAUUCAGCGAUAGGGUUCCCAACCAAGACGGGAGUGGCAAUCAUCUACGCCAAGAAAGAAGUAAUGUCAACUGAAGAAUUGCGCCCAGCAAAAGCGGCGAAGGUUUCAGCAACCGAGCCUGAAAAAUGGGUUUUAAACCGCAAAUACCCAGAGCAAACAGUGACAAUUGGCCACGCCAUUUCGUCAGACAUCCGAACGCGUUUAAAGCAAUUACUAUUCAGAAAUAUGGAUAUCUUUGCCUGGACCCCGGCAGACAUGACCGGCGUCCCACGCAACAUAACCGAACAUUGCUUAAACACUUACCCUUCUGUUGAACCAAAGGUCCAAAGAAGGCGCAGCUUAGGAGCAGACAAAACGAAAGCAAUGAAUGAUCAAGUAUGUGAGCUGCUCAAGGCUGGGAUUUUGCGAGAAGUGCGUUAUCAGAGUUGGGUCGCGAACCCAGUAAUGGUGGAAAAGUCAAAUGGUGGAUGGCGAAUGUGCGUAGAUUAUACCGAUCUCAACAAGGCAUGCCCUAAAGAUUGUUAUUCUUUGCCUGAGAUCGAUAAAAAGAUAGACUCUCUUACGCCAUAUAGAUGGAAGUGUUUCUUGGAUUGCUACAAAGGUUAUCAUCAAGUCCAGAUGAAGCUCGAAGAUGAGGACAAGACAGCUUUUAGAACCGAUCUUGGAAUCUUUUGUUACACAAAGAUGCCAUUCGGUCUGAAAAAUGCUGGCGCAACAUACCAACGCUUAAUGGACAAGACCUUCGCGGGGGACAUCGGAAAGCACAUUGAAGUUUACAUCGAUGAUCUAGUGUUGAAUCCAGCCAAGUGUUCUUUUGGCAUGGAAGUAGGGAAGUUUUUAGGCUUCAUAGUCACAAACGGCGGUUUUAAAGUAAACCCAGAGAAAGUCCAGGCCAUGGAGCGAAUGCCAUCGCCGCGAACAAUCAAAGAGAUGCAACGGUUGGCCGGCCGCCUAGCUGCGCUUAACCGUUUUCUUUCCAAUCACGCCGCGAAGUCGUACCCCUUUAUCAGCACGUUGCACAACUGUGUGAAGAAACAAGAGUUCAAAUGGACCCCCAAGGUAGAGACAGCUUUUCAGCAAAUGAAGGAAUGUUUGAUCGAGCUCCCUACCCUGACUGCACCGUUCGAAAAAGAACCACUCAUACUGUACUUGUCUUCUUCGGAUAAGGCAGUAGGGUCGGUAUUACUGAAACCAGAAACGUCCGGGCGGUUAGCAAAAUGGGCCAUAGAGCUGGGAGGCCACAACAUUUUGUACAGGCCGCGCCCAGCCAUCAAGGGCCAAGUCCUAGCUGACUUCAUCACAGAAGUCCCAGUUGAUAAAAUCAAAGAGUGUGAGCUGAUAGAGACCCCUGAAAAAGACACGACAAAUGAGACUUGGAUGCUUUAUACCGAUGGGGCCUCAAAUGAGGACGACGCGGGAGCAGGAUUGCGCCUUGUGAGCCCUGAGAAUCAUGAAUUUACUUACGCCAUCAAGUUGGACUUUAAAAACACCAACAACGAGGCGGAGUACGAAGCAUUUCUGGCAAGCUUACGCCUCGCAAUCAAAAUGGGAGCUAAAAAUUUACAAGCACACGUUGAUUCACUCCUGAUAGCCAGCCAAGUUAACGGUGUAUACGAUGCAAAUGGCGAGGUUAUGGCCCUAUAUCUAGAGCAAGCGAAAGAAUUGCUUCAGCAGUUCCAGUCUCACAAGGUAAUCCACAUCAAUCGCUCUGAAAACAAACCGACCGAUGCCUUGAGCAAGCUUGCUUCAACUUCCUUUCAACACCUUGCCAAAGAUGUAAGAAUCGAAGUACUCAAGAAUCCAUCAGUCUUGCUGCGACAAGUAAAUGUGAUCGAGAUGGGGCAACCAUCCUGGAUGACCCCUAUAAUCCAAUAUUUGCAAGAGGGGAUACUCCUUGAAAACAGAGCAGAGGCAAGGAAGAUUCAAAACAAGGCCCUGCAUUACGAAAUGAAUGGCGGUAUUCUGUACCGAAAAUCCUUCUUGGGGCCACUACUGCGCUGUGUGGACCCCCAAGAUGCGAACUACUUGAUCAGGGAGAUCCAUGAAGGGAUCUGCGGCAUCCAUUCAGGACCACGCAUGGUUGUCGCGAAGAUUAUGAGCGCCGGAUAUUACUGGCCAGGGAUGCAUGUCGAUGCCCUGAAGGAGAUCCGCAAGUGCGACUCCUGUCGGCGACAUUCUCCAAAAACCCUGCGCCCUAAGAACGACCUUAUCCCUGUAUCCACUGCAUGGCCUUUUCAGCAGUGGGGAAUCAACAUGGUGGGACCCUUCCCAGAGGCUCCUGGCGCCGUCAAAUUUAUAAUAGUGGCCGCCGAUUACUUCACGAAAUGGGUGAGGCCAAAGCUCUCGCUUCAACUACAGCUAUGA